AAUUCGGCGCAGGAACGAGCAACGCGCCCUCUUGCCGACCGACCACAAAGUGCCACGCCACGCCACGCGAUGUUCCCACCCGGCCGGAGUCCGCUUCCGAUCUCGCUGCCGCUGCCAGUUCCGGAUGCCCUUGCGAUCAGCCAGGACGACCCGGGAGUUCCUCUCUCGGAGGAGGAGACUCUGGACCUAGACGGGGAUCUGGCUUUGAAUCUAAAUCUGAAUCUGAAUCUCGGUGGGGGGCGGCAGGAGCUCUUCGAGGGCUACUCGGACGAGCUGCUGACCAUCGCCUGGGUGGCCUGCAUCGUGUUCAUCAUCGUUGGGGUGCCCGGCAACCUGCUGACCAUCGUGGCCCUCUCGAGGGGUCGCCAGACCCGCAACUCCACGGCCAUAUUCAUCAUCAACCUGUCCUGCUCGGACCUGCUCUUCGGCUGCUUCAAUCUUCCGCUGGCCGCCUCCACCUUCAUGGAGCGGGCAUGGACCCACAGUGAUCUGCUGUGCCGGUUGUUCCCGAUGCUGCGAUAUGGCCUGCUGGCGGUAUCCCUGCUCUCCGUGUCGCUGAUCACCAUCAAUCGGUACAUCAUAAUCGCCCAUCCAAGGCAGUAUCCAAGGAUCUACCAGCGACGAUAUUUGGCAAUGAUGGUGGCCGGCACCUGGGUGAUGACCUUCUCCAUAAUGAUACCCACCUGGCGGGGCGUGUGGGGCAUCUUUGGCCUGGACGCCAGCAUCGGAUCCUGCUCCAUCCUGCACGACCAGUACGGCAGGUCGCCCAAGGAGUUCCUCUUCAUUGCCGCCUUCAUGGUGCCGUGCAUCUGCAUUGUGAUCUGCUACGCCCGGAUCUUUCUGCUGGUGCGACAGGCGGCCAUUCGGGCGGGAACCGCUGGCAAGAGCAAUGUCAGUGAUGUGACCCCCAGUUCAACCACCCAGCAACAGCACCCGGUCCAAGCUCAAGUCCAAGCAAUGACCAUGCAGAAGAGGCCGGAGAAGGCGAGCACGUCCAGCAGCGAGCCCCAGGAGGCGAUCCAAGGACGACCCUUUGCGGUGGACGAGCAGCUGGCGUACAUCGAUGACAAUGCCUCGGCGGACAGUCUGCCCAUCUCGUACAGCAUCAGGAGAAGGGACCAGGAGCAGCAGCAGCAGCAGCAGCCCCCUGUUGAUGCCAAUGUGGUGCUCAAGGAGCGGGAACGGGAGCGGGAGCAGGAGAAGAUCAGCCUAGGACGCAGUCAAACGCAACUGGAGAUGGCCAAGAUGUCUGGAAAGAACCCCAUCACCACCUCGCUACGCACCUCCUUCACGCGAUUCAGUCCGCGGAAAUCGCACUAUGCCUCCAUGGCCAACACCUCGAAUGCGUCCUACAUUUACCCGGGCAGGAUGAGUGCCAAGGAUCGGAGGCUGCUCAAAAUGAUACUGGUGAUCUUCGUGUGGUUCGUCAUCUGCUACCUGCCGAUCACGGUGGCCAAAAUAUGGAAGAGCGCCACCGAGGUGCACUGGUUCAAUAUCGCCGGCUACCUGCUCAUCUAUCUGACGACCUGCAUCAAUCCGCUGAUCUAUGUCCUGAUGAGCUCCGAGUACCGGAGGGCCUACCGGAACCUGCUGCGCUGCCGUGGAUCUUCCGAUCCGCACACCCAGCGGAAUAAUGCCCACCCCGCCAAUGCCAAGCGGAAGCACCUGGAGUCCAAUCGCCAGGUGAAGGCCAAUACGUGAUUCCCCAUCCUUAACAUCUACGCCAUUGCCUUCUUCGUCCUCCGUCCUAGCAGGAUAUGAUAUAUAUGUGUGCCAUUCUGAUGAUGAGUACCCCGAAUUUCAUGUUUAAUGAUCUGUGGUAAGAAACUAUGCACAUAUAAUACGAUCCCAAGAUCCCCUGGUGAUCGCCGUGCCUACAAACACGAUUUCUAGUCAGAUCGUCCCUUCCAUGCACAAACACACACACACGAAAACACAGAUCACCCAUCUAUAUCCAAGUCUAUAUAAUGUAGGAACUCCAGAAGUAUAUUGCAUUUUAUACCAAAUGACUUUAAUAUCUGGUUUACAUUUGAAUUCCAUGU